CACUCACCUUUGUGUAUAUAUCAGUCUGGUAUCUUCUCAAAGACAAGAGCACACUCUCUUUCUUUCAUGGCCACAGAUCAAGAAAAUCUACUCUCUGAUAAUUACGAGAAAACGGCAACGUUUUGCGGGUGUGGGUAUCUCCGUAGGUUCCAUGUGUUUCGGUGGCGAAGAGUAGGAGGUGGAGACAGUGGCUGGAGCGGUAACUUGCAGGAAGAAAGAAGUGAAAGCUGGUGGAGCAGGAAACUUAAGGUGCUAAAGGAGAUUUCUGAGAAAAUUGCGGGGCCAAAGUGGAAAAACUUUAUAAGAAGUUUUAGCAAGAAGAAGAAGGUGAAGAGGGAUGUUGAUUUCACUUACGAUCUUGAAAACUAUAGUCUUAAUUUUGAUGAGGGAGGUGAUAAUCCCUCACCGGAGAGGUAUGUAGCUCCGGUUGUUAUUAAAGUUUGAUACUUUUUUGGUGUUUAUCUCUCAUUUUGUAACUAUUUUUAUUUAUUGUGUUAUUAUAUGUUAAUACAAACAUAAUUAUAUA